CCUCGGCCUUUCAUGCAGGCAUCAUCAGUAGUAUGCAAAGUUGAAAAAUCUAGCAAGGAUCUAUCUGACUCUCCAAAGAAAAGGGAGCUACCCAGCAGGCAUACCAGGACAAAUCUGCAUGACAUUCCAGAAGGUGGAGCUACAGAAGAAAAGUGUGAUGUAAAGGCAUCCUCCUCUUCAGGAGACAUUCUCUACAAGACCAAUGCAGGCCCUUUCAUUGCUCUCAAUCAGAGUGGCAGCGUCCAGUUUAUCCCCUGCAACCAGAGUUAUCAAUCUUUCAACAUGAACAGCUCAGGAUCGCCUGGGGCUCCUAUGAUGCAGUAUGCUGUGCACUCCAGGGAUGCCACUCAGCCUUACAUGCUGUCGGACAAUAAUGUAGUGGCCCAAGCCAGUACUGGAGAUAUGUCGGCGUAUCAGAUUCACUCUCCUACCUCAAGCCUUUCCCAGGUGAUGGGCAGCUCACUUGGCUCUCUGCCAAGCCCUCAGGAGUUUACUGAGGAGGCAUCACGCAAGAGGGAACUCCGUCUGAUGAAAAACAGGGAGGCUGCACGGGAAUGCCGUCGGAAGAAGAAAGAAUAUGUCAAAUGUCUCGAGAACCGAGUUGCUGUACUUGAAAAACAAAACAAGACACUCAUUGAAGAACUCAAGGCUCUUAAAGACCUGUACUCUCACAAAACCGAAUAGCAGUAAUCCAUUGCAAGUCACUCACUAAAGACUUUGCCGUAUACAGAUUUGCCAUGUAUGGUUUUAUAUAUGGUAUAUAUUUUUAAAUAUGGUUUUCACACAAUGUCUAGCCAACUCUCGCAACAAUUGAAUAAGGUGACAGCUGCAUGGUCGUGUCGUCCCAUGUGCCUAAGAUGGUGAUGUGUGCAUGUGUAUAUGCUGGUGGCCACAGAAAUCUCCAGAGCCAGUAUGGUGUGUUGUGUUGCCUGUGUUUCUUGUGCUUUUUGCAGGGAGUCGGCCAGACAGUGUAGGCGCAGGAGGAAGGAGUAUGUGCGGAGCUUAGAGACUCGCCUUGCCAUGAUGGAAAACCAGAACAAGAAGCUAACCGAAGAGCUGGAGCAUCUAAAGGAAUCCUGUUUAUAUGGCACACC